GCUGCUACUUUGACGGUGACCGGAGCUGGCGUGCCGCAGGCACCCGUUGGCAUCCUGUGGUACCACCCUUUGGUCUCAUCAAGUGUGCUGUCUGCACCUGUAAGGGCACCACGGGGGAGGUCCACUGUGAAAAGGUGCAAUGUCCCCGACUGACCUGUGCCCAUCCCGUCCGUGCCAACCCCACCGACUGCUGCAAACAGUGCCCAGCGGGGGCUGGAUCUCGGGCCUGGCUGGGGGACCCCAUGCAGGCGGAUGGGCCAAGAGGUUGCCGCUUUGGGGGUCGCUGGUUCCCUGAAAGUCAGCGAUGGCAUCCAUCGGUGCCCCCCUUUGGGGAGAUGACCUGCAUUACGUGCAGGUGUGGGGCUGGAGUGCCCCACUGUGAGAGGGAUGACUGUCCCCCUGCCUUGGCCUGUGGCUCUGGGAAGGAAAAUCGCUGUUGUUCCCACUGCACCUCCCAUGUGUCUCCUACAGCCUCUGAGACCAGGAUGGAGCCAGAGCUGGAGAAAGAAGCCGGGGGCUCUUAGGGACCCGACCGAACAAAGCAUGACCGAAAAGGCCGGGGCAGUGAGGGCAGUGGGGGGCUGGCCCGAGAGAGAGAGAGA